AUGCUUCCCACCACCACCAAUAACAAAAAUCUCGGAAGCGGCCUGACCAACAAAAGAUGGCUAAGCUGUCUCAGUAUCUGUGGCUGUCUCUCAGCUGUCUUUCUCAUCAUUGGUCUCGCUGCCUCGAGAAAUAUCCCUCCAACAAGACCAUGGUGGGAUGCCGAAACUGUCAAGACUCAUUACUUGACAUAUCACAAAGGCACCCAAGCUGCGAGUAUAUUCCUGUUUGUUUCUGGGGCACUCUUCCUGCCCUACUCCACCGCAAUUACCAGUCAAAUCCGACUCAUCCCCGACCUCAACCCAGCCAUUGCAGAUCUCCAGCUCGCCAGUGCAACAGCUGGUGUUUGGUUCUGGAUGAUAUCAGCCAUCUUCAUGUCACUUUUGAGCUUCCGUGAUUACAGUGCUGAGUUGAUACAAUUCCUCAAUGAUGCGAUGUGGAUGUCCCUUCUCCUGAACUGGCCAAUCUUUUGGGUGCAGUUCUGGACCAUUGCUUGGGCAAUUUUCGCCGACCGCAGCGCCGACCCGGUGUUUCCGAAGAUCAUGGGAUGGGUGAAUCUUGUUGCUCCGGUAGUGCUCGCAUUGGGAUCGGGGGUUCAUAUGCACCACACCGGCCCUUUCGCGUGGAAUGGUGGGUUGGUGUUUUGGCCUACUCUUGUUGUUUUCGGGGUGGAGAUGAAUUGCUCUUGUUGGUUUAUACUACAAAAUGUUCGGCGGAACCGAUAUUAA